UCCCGCUCGCCGUUAGGGAGGCUCUGCGCCUCAGCCGCCGCCGCCGCCUCCGCCGCCCACUUGUCCGCGUCCGCCGCCACCGCCGCCGCCCGGGGUCUCCGGGGGUCGCUACCGGGCUGGCCCCGCGCCGCAGCAGUCCCUUCAGCCUCGCGCCAGAGGCCGCCUCGGGAGGAGCCCCGCAGGCCGCCGUGCCGCUCAGAGCCUCCGCUCUCGCCUUGUCGACGUCGCCAAGGGUUCUGGAGAAGCGGCCGAGGCCGGGGGACGGGGCUUCGCGGUUCCAACGAUUAACUGCUGAAGUACUGAUCGAGUUCUGCGUUUCUUCAAUGAGGAACUACAGGCUGAUCUUCUGCCAUAAUCUCAAACAACCAUAAAUGACAGAAGGAUGCUUGCUCAGUGAGGGUAGCUGGUGCAGAAGACGUUUUUUAAACUUAGGUGUUUAAGUGCUCAAAGAAAAGACAGCUUUGAUUUCUGGCUGCAAAAAAGAUAUGAGGAAGAGCUCCUCCCCUUCCUUGAGUAACUGCAACUCCGAUCUUGCUAACAAAAUAUUUGGAAUUCCACUUGAUGAGCUGCAGCAGGGAGGCCAUCCAGACAAUGAGGUUCCAUUCAUAGUCCGCCACGUUGUGGACUAUAUUGAGGAACAUGGAGGUCUGGAGCAACAAGGGCUGUUUCAAGUCAAUGGGAAUGCUGAGACAGUGGAGUGGCUUCGGCAGAGAUACGACAGUGGAGAAGAGGUGGAUUUGGUUAAGGAGGCGGACGUCCCCUCAGCCAUUAGUCUCCUUAGGUUUUUCCUGCAGGAGCUCCCUGAGCCUGUCAUACCUGGCAGCUUGCAUAUUCACUUGGUGCAGCUUUCUCAAGAUUAUAAUAAUGAAGAUGAAUUUGGAAGAAAAUUGAGGUUCCUCUUGCAACAGCUUCCACCUGUUAAUUACAGUUUAUUAAAGUUUCUGUGUAGGUUUUUAGCCAAUGUAGCAUCACAUCAUGAAGAAAUUUGGUCUGCAAAUUCUUUGGCUGCUGUUUUUGGUCCAGAUGUCUUCCACAUUUACACAGAUGUGGAAGAUAUGAAAGAGCAAGAAAUUGUGAGCAGGAUAAUGGCGGGACUUUUGGAAAAUUACUAUGAGUUUUUUGAGAAUGAAGAGGAAGAUUUUUCAUCAAAUGAUUUGAGUUCAAUUACUGAGCAGGUUAAUGAACUUUCUGAGGAAGAAGAGGAAGAUGAAAAGCUGGAACAUAUAGACGAGCUUCCAGAAGAAAGUGUAGACAAGUCAGAUGGCAUGCCUGAAGUGUUGCAGCUCAGGAUGACUGAAAACAUCCUGGAAUCAGACAGUGUUACAGCAUCAACAAGGGUUGUUGCUGCUGCUGCUGCUACUAAUGCCAGUGAUGGUAACAUAAAGUGUUCAAAACCUGUGGCCGGUACUACUGCAGAUAGUGAAGUCAUGCAGCAAGAUUUUGUAUUUGAGGACCAGAAAAAUAAUCAGUCUGUAGGUAUACUGUUAGAGCCUUGUAGUGACCACGGGGAUAGUGAAGAUGGCUGUCCUGAGAGGAAGGAGUAUUUGCUAAGUGACAGUGAUAAAUUGCCACAUUUGAUUCUGGAUUCUAGUAGCAAGAUACGUGAUUUGAAUGCCAACACUGAAUCAGAAGUAACCGAAGGUCAGAGUGUUGGUGUUCAAGGAGAAGCAGCAUGUGUACAAAUUGCACAUUUAGAUCUGAAGAAUGUUUCUGAUGGUGAUAAAUGGGAAGCGUCAUGCCUUAUCACUUUCCCCCUCAUUGAUUUCAAAACAAUGCACCUGCAGAGAUCUGGGGAGGAGCCAUUUCCCGCAUUUAAGUCUUGGCAGGAGGACUGUGAGUCUGGAGAAGCUCAGCUGUCUCCACAGGCUGCAAGGAUGACUCCCCAUCCCCUGGGAGAGGACUGCCCUCCAGUAUUGUCACAUCGUAGUUUAGAUUUUGGGCAAAGCCAGCGGUUCCUACAUGAUCCAGAGGCGUUGGAUUUCUCGUCAAAGGCCCUUUCCUUCACUAGAAUUCGAAGGUCAUCCUUUAGUUCAAAAGAUGAAAAAAGAGAAGACAGAACACCUUAUCAGUUGGUCAAGAAACUUCAGAAAAAAAUCAGACAAUUCGAGGAGCAAUUUGAAAGGGAAAGAAAUAGCAAGCCCUCCUACAGUGACAUUGCAGCCAAUCCGAAGGUAUUAAAGUGGAUGACAGAGCUUACAAAGUUGCGGAAGCAAAUUAAAGAUGCAAAACACAAAAACUCUGAUGGAGAAUUUGUGCCUCAGACACGGCCUCGGAGUAACACUCUUCCAAAAAGUUUUGGCUCUUCUCUAGACCAUGAAGAUGAUGAGAACGAAGGUGAACCUAGAGUCGUUCAGAAAGAGAAGAAGCCAUCUAAGGAAGCAACUCUUGAGCUGAUUACAAAGCGACUGAAGGAAAACCGUGUUGAGCGGCACCUUCCAGAGGAUAUCAAGAAAAUGACAAAAGAUCAUUUGAUAGAAGAGAAAAUGUCUCUACAGAAAAGUCUGCUUUACUAUGAAAGUCAACAUGGAAGGCCGGUGACCAGGGAAGAAAGGCACAUUGUUAAGCCUCUCUAUGAUAGAUACAGGCUUGUAAAACAGAUGCUGACAAGAGCUAGCAUUACUCCUAUCCUUGGGUCUCCCUCCACCAAGCGCCGGGGUCAGAUGUUACAGCCAAUCAUAGAAGGAGAAACGGCACACUUUUUUGAAGAAAUCAAGGAAGAAGAGGAAGAUGGUGUUAGUCUGUCCUCCGAGUUAAGUGACAUCUUAAAAACAGCUGUGUACACACAGUCAUCAUUGGAAAAUUCAGAAUCUGAUGCUGAAGAAAGUCAAGAAAAACUGGCUCGGGAUCUCCGCUUGUCAAGUACUCGGGCAGCGUCUAUGCCUGAAUUACUGGAACAGCUUUGGAAAGCAAGAGCUGAGAAAAAGAAACUACGUAAAACAUUACGAGAAUUUGAAGAAGCGUUUUAUCAACAAAAUGGAAGGAAUGCCCAGAAGGAGGAUCGUGUUCCAGUGCUUGAGGAAUAUAAGGAGUACAAGAAAAUUAAAGCCAAGCUCCGACUUCUUGAAGUUCUUAUCAGCAAACAAGACUCUUCAAAAUCCAUAUAAACAUGUUCCUUGAAAAUUGACAUCAUAAAGUUGCUGUGUUCCCUGAAGGUGCACCAUGUGUGCUUGGCUUGUACAUGCGUUCACUCUGUCAGGCACUCGAGAAUCCCAUGUUGUCCUUGUUUGUGGCUCAGUAGGGAAAGGAAGGCUGUUCCACAUCACCUCUCCACAGUUAGCAAACAUGCAUGUUCCUUCACUGCUUUACUACAGACACAUCUGUUAGCAAAGGACAAGAAUUUAUUCUUUUCAAGAACUUUGGAAAUACAAAGCUUUUUUGUUUACUAUUUUUUUUUUUUCCUUUUUCAUACUGAAGAAAAUUGAGAGGAAAAUCUUCACACUGAAAUUCUUCGGUUGCCUUUUUCUUACAGAAUGACUGAGAAUUUAAAAGAAAAGCCUAUAAAUGUGACAUAUGCAACUGUACUCUUGUUUUUCCUAGAAAACAACUGAAUUUUCAGAUCCUAGUUUGGAACACCUUUCUGUGUAGUUCCCGGAGUGAGACCUGCACAGAGAGUACUUAGGCAGAAUUUGCUGAGCGGUCACAGCCCCCGAAGGAAGAGAACAGUGGGUAGACCACACAGCAGCCUUGCUUAGUCAUUUGCAACAUUACACACAUCACUCAGAGCUGAGUCACAGCACACGCUGCCUACAGGACGUGAGUUACUGCCACCAGCUGGCAAUGACGACUUGUCUGGAUCAGACCCUGCGCUGUCGUCCACCCACUUCCAGAUAAUGUAAGGAAAUAGCUGUGCCAGUGUGGAGGGACUUGGGUGGUGCUCAGAUUUGUGUGUGUCAUACAUGGGCCUCAAAAGAAAGAUUGACUACACCCGAGUAAGUCUGUUCUUUACAAGGGCUAUACCACUGCAGCUUUCCAUGUCCAUCCAGGAGCUGCAACCCCCUCUCAGUGACCACCCCUCACCCAGACAUGAACAGGAUGUAUAGUGGUAUGCCCCUCCAUAGACUCUUAGCAUCUUUUUUCCUUUGGCUUUGCAUGGCCUUUCUUUAGAUAAUCUGCUAAUCAUUUUUAUGGACUAGUAACUUGUGUUAAUACAACAGAUGUGGGUCAGGCUUAAUCUAAGUGGGUUGUCCCUCCUACCCCCAACCUCUACCCUUGGUGCUUUUUUGAAUUGAUAAAUGUCUCACUUUGCCCAUGCUUUGCAUGCAAUGACUCAUGCAUGAUUUUCUUAAUAGUUUGUUUCAUACAAAUGGAAUUCUGCAACAACGUUAAUAAGGUGAGGAAAGCAUGAACCUCAAACUUCUGGCACUAUUACUACACAGUAAGAACAGGAGGUAGUUUGAUAAUAAAUAGUGUGUUUAGUACUUCACAUUUCACUUGUGUGUGCAAUGCCUUUUUGGGGGGAGAGGGAAAAAAACCUAGUGGUAAUGAAUGUGUAGUUGGAGAAUUUUUUUUUUAAAGCACUAAAUCAUCCAGCCUUUUUUUGUGUGGUUUCCUUUUGAUACUGCUAAGUCAUUCAUAAUGUAUUUUUAGAAAAGUAAUUAAGAAUGCCAAAAAAUGUAUCAUUUGAUUUGAGCCCAUCAUGUGGUGUACUUUUUAGUUUCUUUUGGUCUCCAGACAGGAUUGCUAUGUGUAAUUUUAUGUGCACUGUAUAUUUUUAUGAAUGUUUUAUUUUGUAUACCACAUGCAAAAAAGUCCAUGUGCACUAUUUAAAUGUUUUAAAUAAUAUAUUCCUUCUCUAUAACGCUAAAUCUAUUUGAGUACAAUAUUUUUAUAAGUCUGUAGCCCGACUGGUUUCAUUGAGUUACAACUGCUUCAUAAUUUGGUCGUUGAGUGUUAGUUUGGCUGAGUAGGGUAGUGAAGUGACUGGGCACCCUCAUGUGCUCGCACUGACUCAUGGGUAGCAGUGUGCAUAGGAUUAGGCAGCUUGCAGGAGUUUGACUUUGGUACAAAUAUGAGUUAUAUCUAUAUAUAAAUACUAUAUAGAUAGAUAUAUAUAUGUCCACCAGUAUAAUUACAUUGCUGUGUGUGUUUGGCAUUUCAUUGUACCGACUUUUGUAAUAAAAGAACUUUACUGUUCUAAGAA